AUGGACAUUGACGUUGCAUACCACGAAUCUCUCUUGAAUUUCAAUGAGGCCGCACGAGGUUACGAAAGACGAUGUGCUCAAGCCAAACAGAAGAUCAAAGCGCUGUUGGAUUUGGAUUUACCCAGACAACAUAUACUCCUUCAAAAACUGACUCUUACAGAAAACCUGAUUGACUCUGACCCGAUUCCUCAUUCCAGAUUAAAUGAACUCCCCCCUUUGUACACUGUUCCGUCGGGCGGGGUCAUGGAAGAUGGUUUUUAUCCAGAGGAAUUAAAUCAAGCAGUCGAACGGAUUGUGUCAAUUCGCUUGGAAGUCUAUCAACUUUCUACUAGUGGGUAUACAAAAUGCGCCGGAAAUCGAAUGUCCGUGUUUGUCCGUUCGAUCGAUCGACUUGUUCUGAUUUACUCCACUGCGGCUCGCUAUUUGAAGACCACAAGCGAGCUGCAUAAAGAUCAUCAAGUUUUAUGGGAGUUUAGUGCAGGCAACGUUCCCAACGUCAUCCAUUUCCGACCUGCCAGGCGCACUUUCGGCCUUUGCAUAGCCGAUUGCGGACGGCGAAGCAGCACUGUGUUGAACAUUCCAAAUGCACAAAAAGCCAAAGAACUCGCCGACCAGUCCACUCAGUUGCUGUAUCCACUGCUGUCCGACUACAACCUACGCAAACAAACACUGUGCGUCAAACGAAUGGUUGGCUGCGCAUGCAGUCAGGUGAUCCGUUCCGAUCCCGCUCACUGUUUAGAUCGGAUGAAUUAUCUUCUGACGUUUCUCGAGGGUAAUCCGGUGAAGUCAUCUGGCACCGUAACCACGCUGUCAGCUGAAACUUCGUCUUCGGGCAUGAUAUCCCUCUCCGAAUUGCUUCCAGAUGACCUGGGUCAAAUCUACGCAUGGCAAUGUCUUUUUUCUGCAGCAAUCUCUCAGGCGGAACAUCAGUUCGCGUAUAAUGUGGACAGUGCCAUCACGUUUGCAGCGUUACUAUUGGGCAUCCUUGCUCGGCAUCCGGACAAAGUGGUAAACACAUAUCUCGAUAUAUGGGUUUUUUAG